CGAUUUUUAGUAUUCUUUCUUUUUUCCCUCUCUAUGUCAUGUUUUCCUAUGUCAUCAUAUGAUGUGAUACAUUACAUAUGACUUAUGCGAGGGCCCAUUUGCCAUUCUCAUGGUUGUGCACCUUAGACCUAUCAUGUCACGACCAACGAGUCUUGCCUAGAUGAAGCGGUCACGGAUCACGGACUGUGUCUAAUGCAUGUCGCAUGCCCGGAAAAUGUCAGGUUUGGCCUCAACAGUGUGGGUUGAGGGACAAGUAACGCAACAUGACACGAGGCCGAGACAAAGGUUUAGAUUUGCUCAGCUGAAGAUGAAACGAUCGAGCCAAUGACGAGGGGACAAAAAAGCGUUAGAGAUAUCCGAGUGGAUGUCUGAAACAUGUCGAAUAAGUAAGUGUUUGACGUCAAAUACUGGAGUUCAGUGACACAGAUGUAUCAAUGAUACGGAUUUGGGUUUUCAAUAUCAACUUUUGCAUGCCUCCACAGUUUACACAACAUGUCGAGCUUUGUCAACUAGCCGAUGAGCAAACUGACUUGGAUCUACCAAGCCAAGCAGCUUCGUCUUCAUACAUGAUUAGUUCCAUAACCUGCAGACAAAGCAACCACGGGCAGUUGGCUUCGGAGUGCUCUGUGGGGUUAGGGCAUGCAGGAUUCGAGAAGUGGUGAGGACGAUAUGCGAGGGUGGGGAAUCGACUGUCUCUCACUGCGGGAUAAGCAGUAGGGGAGAGGAAUAUCCCCGAAUGGCCUCAUGUGGCGGCGAGGCACGGAAGGAGAAGCAAGGGAUCACGGUGAAUCGAUCGGGAUCAAGGAGGGGGAGGGUUCUGUACCGUUGGGAAUGUUUAUGCCCACCAGACGCGACGUACGGUAGAGUGGCGGUCACUUGUGAUAUAUGCGAGGGAUAACAUAAAAGGUCUUUUGAAAAAGGUUUCACGGCGGAUCUGGGGAUGCUGAUUGGGUGCUGCCUUUGUUGACAGGUCGUGAAUCAGAUUUUGGACCUGCAUCUGCUUGGUCAGCUCGACUGCGAGGGCAGCGUUUGUGCAGUGAAAUGUUGUCAUGAUGCUCCAUAACAGACGCAUAAUGGAGUUGGCAUAUAGAUACCUAUCAUGGACACGAACGGAAUGGAAUUGAUCAUCUAUCUGUCGUCAGAUGGGAUGGCUCUAGUGUAGGACUCGACCCAGUUUAGCACCUGUAGGUAAGUAGUUUUUGAAGGGAAGCAAAGUUUAUGUUGAUGCGGGGGUCUUACUGAUUUGGUUUUUUCCUCGUCAACUUUCUUAUUUUACGUCUUCCCCCACUUGCUGGGUGGUCAAAAUGUCGGUGACUCGAUUGCCUGCCGUCGGUGUAGGUGAUGGAUGCACUUCUAUGUAUGUCAUCCCAAUCGCGAUGACUUCCCAGAUGGAUGGUGUAGGGUACUUCACAUCGACGGACGAGCGAUUCGUACCAUUCCAGCAAAUUCUGAGGCAGAGAGGUGGAAGAUGGUAUGGAGGCUUAUAUGCGAGUGAUGACGGUGCCAGAGAUGAUGCAAGGGCUGAUCUGCGACAUGGCUUACACGUGUUGGUCUUGGAUCUGGUCUGGAUAGAGUGGUUGUGGCUGUACGCUUUAUGCGAGGGCGCGCAUUUUAGAGUGUUUCGUGAGACAAAAGAUCUAGCCCUAACAUGCCAGUAGAUUGACGAUCGAUUCUGAUUGAG